ACAUUGCCGUUAAAGUAUUUUAUUUAAGACGUACUAUUAUAAAUAGCCUAUGAAGUAGUUAUUUAUUGAACUUUGUAGAGAUAACAGUUAAUCUAACUAUGAUAAGCGGCGUCCAUUGAAUGUGAUUUAAAAAAUGUGUAAGUAAUCGUACAAGAAGUAAAUUAUACAUGAAAAAAUGUCGAUGAAUGAUAGGAAGAAGAAACUUGUGCUGUUCUUUGCGAAGAUAUUUGAGGAUGAAUUCGAAUUAAACACAUAUUACGCGGAAAGGAUUUUAAAAUAUCUCCAAGAAACCCCUUUGAACGGUUUUGAAACUAACCUAUUAGAAUCAUCAUUUUUCUCAGACAUUUUAAUGAAAACGUAUAACGGUUGCGAAGUGAAAACAAACUCUGUAAAGAUAUUCAUUGCCAAUGUUGUUUCGGUUAUUUACAAGAAUGAACUACAAUUUAGCAAGUUAACAAACAUGUUAAGAUUCCAUCGAUUCCUGCAAUACAUGUGCAAUUAUAAUUCGAGAUGUGCGAAAUACUCGGACCUUCUGUACGCGAGCAUAAACAUGGUAACAUCGCCGAUAGCCCACUACUCGGGCGUCAACUGGUUGGUGGAGAAUAAGAUGUGGCACUACGUGCUGUGCUGCUGCACGCACACCCGACCGCCGCACGUCUCGCGCGCAGCCUACAACUUCAUCGCACAACUCCUCUGGAAACUAAUCGAAUUCGACGAUGAUGUUGUCUUAGCUGAAAUUAUAGAAUAUAUCAUAAAACCGGUGAGACACAACCAGUAUCAUAUUACUAAUACCAUAAAAGACGGCGAGGAGAAAAAUGUUUACGCGCCCAUGAUGUCGUCUUUAAACGCAAUGUUAGUCGUUUUGGGCAGUUCCGAUGAUCAAAUAACGAAAAGCUACAAGAUAGCACCGAUCCUAAUGCAACGGUUUAAUUUCGAUACACAUCUUCAGGUUAUAUUGGAUGUUACCAGAGACCCCUGUUUGGCGAGAAUUCUAUGCGAGGUGCUAUUCAAACUUUACUUGAAUGCACUUUUGGAUGCAUACCAUAAGAAGAAGAAAAGCGACAGCGAGAUUUUGAACGAGGUUACUUCGAUAUACAAUAACGUGCUGCAAAAACUAAUUAUGAAGCAAAUGUCGGAAGCUGUCGCAGAUUUCGUUGUAAAGUGCAAUUUAUUCUUGGCUAAAUUGGGCGCGAAAAGACAAAAAUUCUUCGAAAGAGAUGGAAAGAAGUUCGAAUUUCAAAAUCAAUUCGUGUUGCACUUGGUAGUUCCAAUGUGGACGUAUCAUUCAUUAAAUUGCGGGAGCGAAGCUAAACUCAUCGAAAAAGAUAACUACUCGUUUAAACUGGCGAACGUAACGGCGGAACAUAUCACUCAAUCUGCGGAAUUGUUUCAAAAAGUCGUGCAAAACAAUGCCGCUUAUGUUAAACAGGUCACGAUAUACACAGUUAAAAACUUAUUUCAGUUCCGAGGACAAUUAACCAAAGCCACAGCUGGUAUUCUGUAUCAAGGAUUGUACUACGUUUUGAAAACAUUCAUCAUGUCAGACGACGUGGGUAAUCAUUUGAUUUUAAGCGAAAAUCCGCUGCGAUCACCUGAUGAUGUCCGACUAUUGAGUCUAGUGCUCGAUGCAAUAAAAAUGCUUUUAAAGGAGCAUCACAUAAAUUGGUACGAAAACUUAGAGAUUAUAUGUCUUCAAGUAACUUUGUUAAAUUUGAUGAAGCAAAAAUUUAUGUGUGCAAAGGGUCUAGUACAGACAAUUGACUUGAUCAACUUAAGUGUGCGGAAUUUUCUCUCUCCGGACAUGCAGCUCCUAGUAGAGAGCCAUAGUGGCAGCUCACUGAGCGAGAUCGGCGCGAUGACCAAGGAAUACAUGCAGCACCCGGAUUGGGAGGUUCGCGAAUCCGCCCUCAGCCUGCUGCUAAGCUGUACCGAUGUGUCCUUUGUCAAGUACAUACCGCUACAAAAAGUGAUAUCGUCGAACCAUCUGAUGCUGUUAGCGGCGACCAGUGCACUAAGCGAAGCUGAGCCUUACGCGCAGGCCACCGCGCUGCAAUGCCUGGCUGCCGCCGCCAAGAUCGACAAGAUCUGGAUCGAUGUCAAGAACGUGCAUCCUAAUUUAUAUGUACAAUUGAUUAACUUAGCCCAAAGAAAUCUAGAAGACAUAAUAAGAAAAGAGGCAACUAACGUAUUGACUGAAAUUUUCUUGCACCAAAAUAUUUCAUAUGAAUUCAAAAACUGUUUGUUCCGAGUUAUGGCAAAAGUUGCAUUGAAUGACUUGCACUUUGAAGUGCAGACAGCUGCUCUCAACUUCUGGCGGCACGCGAUAAAGCGACUGUGUCUCGACCGCGGCAUGGUGGACGGAAACUUCCCAACUGUAACGUUUUCAAAAGAAAAAAGAAAGAUUGUCGUCUUCAAUGACAACGAAAUAAAAAAACAACUCAACAAUAUAAUGAAUGAUCUGUCUUCUAUCGGUUGCUUAAAUGUUUUAGAUAAAUGUUUAGAUAUAGAACAAAAUGUAGCUGUGAUAGAAGAGGCUUAUAAGAUUGUAACCGAACUGAAAGUGGUAUUGGAUAAUUAUAAGUUUAGUCCAACAGAAACUGCUACUCCGAAAGAGGAUUUGACCGAAAGUAAAACACAAAUAGAUAUAGACUACGAAAUGGAAGGAUGUACGGAGAUGUAUACUUCGCACGGUGCAAUGUUCGAUUUACAAGAACUAAUUAUUGAUGAAAUAACUAACACUCCUCAAAGCGAUCUCAUUAUGGAUAUUCUCGACAAAAGACCUGAGGAACAAAAAGAACUGUUAGAAACACAUGACAGUGUACAAAACCCGAUACAACCAUAUACAUUCUUACAAAAAGUCAGUUCGAAUGACUACCAGGCAAUUAUAAAUAUGAAGAAAGGAUGGCGUCCCGAUGAAACAAAUCUAGACGAUUUAAUAGAUGAAAUAUUGAGCAAUAAAAGUGCAUUACAAAUGAACACCAUAGAUAUGUGCGACGUUUAGAAUUAAAUAUUUU